CCAAACCCAAACCCAAACCCAAACCCAAACCCAACCCAAACCCAAAAUCACAGCCAGACCCACAUACCUUCGUUCAGGCCAGCGAUGGCCGCCACUGCGCCGCCGUUCACGCCCAGAUCGACAAAAGCAACCAACCAGCAGCCGCGGCUGUUCCAGCCAUACUACGACGCCGCGCUGCUGGCCAAGGGAUUCAGCACCGGGCUGCUCGUGCGCGGCGUCCUCCGCGUCAACCCAAAGAACCGCACCGACGCUUACGUGUCGCUUGACGAGACGCCCAACGCCGCGGCGCUCUACGUGCGGCCCGAACUGGCCAACUACGAUGUCGGGUUGGGCAAUGAUAUUUACAUCUGCGGCGACAUCGACCGCAACCGCGCCAUUUCAGGCGACACUGUGGCCAUCCGCAUCCUCGACAAAGGCCAGGCCUUUGCUUCACAAGAUGCGCGCACAACGCCGCUCCGCCUGGACGAGAUGGCCGAGUCCAUCAGCACCACUCCCGGCGCACCAGCCACCAACACUGACGCCGGCCCCCGUGUGCCCGAGAUCUUUGGCACAAUCGUGGCCGUCCUGAUGCCCAACGAGGACAGGUGCUUUGCCGGCACGCUGAGCAGCCAGCCGCCGGCCGUGCUGAAGAAGCACCCGCUGUUCGAGAAUUCGCUAGACGCGCCCGUGCUGUGGUUCCGCCCAAUCAACAAUGCGCUACCCCAGAUGGCCGUGCCCGUUGCUGCUGUGCCCAAGGCGCUGCGCGCGGGCAGCAAGCGGCACUACUGCACCGUACGCAUGGGCGACUGGGCGGCGUACGCGCCGCUGCCCAGCGCAACUUUUUUCAAGGACCUGGGCGAGCGCGGCCCGCUGGCCAUUGAAACGAUGCUAAUCCUCGAGGACAACGGCGUGUGCUCGGACCCGUUUAAGCCUGUAGUGCUGCGCUGCCUGCCGCAGACACCCUGGCGCAUUCCGGCGCCCGAGCUCAGCCGCCGCACGGAUCUGCGCUCGGCCUGCAUCUUCACCAUUGACCCGCCGACGGCGCGCGACCUGGACGACGCCGUCAGCUGCGACCUGCUGCCCAACGGCAAUGUGCGCAUUGGUGUGCACAUCGCGGACGUCUCAUACUUUGUGCGCCCCAAGACCGCGCUGGACCUGCAGGCGCGCCAGCGCGCGACGACCACGUACAUGGACCUGUGCAGCCUCAACCCCGGCGUCGACCGCCUGGCCUUCAGCAUAAUGUGGGAGAUGGACCCGUGCGAUGCCACUGUGCUGUCGACGUGGUUUGGCCGCACCAUCAUCAACUCGGCCUGCAAGCUGGCAUACGACGACGCCCAGAGCGUUAUCGACGGCGCCCAUCUUUCAGAGAACAUCCCGCAGUACCAGGUUAUUGGAGGCGGCAGCGGCCUGCCUGUGCCAGCCUCGGCCAGCCGCCGCGCGCAGAUCGAGGCCAGCAUCCACUGGUUCUACCCGCUUGACAACGGCGCACUGUCGCUCAGCAGCGUGCGCCUGAGUUUCGACCUGGAUGACGCCGGCAACCCGACUUCCUGCCGGCCGUACGCCAUUAAGGACAGCAACCGGCUGAUCGAGGAGUUUAUGCUGCUGGCCAACAUGAGCGUAGCUGCGCGCAUCGAGGCUACAUUCCCCGACGCCGCGCUGCUGCGCCGCCACUCGCCGCCCCUAGCUCGCCGGCUGGACGAGACCUGCAAGCAACUGCAGCACAUCGGCAUUGACAUUAACCCGGCGUCGUCGCGGGACAUCCAGGCAUCGCUUGACCUGAUCACCGACCCAGACAUCCGCUCAACCGUCGAGUGCAUGCUGACUGGCCCCAUGCAGCGCGCCGUCUACUUUUCCACCCACACCAUCAAGGACCGCAAUGGAUACGCGCAUUACGCGCUGGACGUACCGCUGUACACCCACUUCACCAGCCCCAUCCGCCGCUACGCCGACAUCAUUGUGCAUCGCAUGCUUGAGGCCUCUCUGGCUGUCUUUGGCAACCACGUUGCCACCGACCACCCCCUGCUUCCAGCUUACCACUCGCCCUACUUCCCGCAGACCCCCGCCGCCGGAUCACUGACCACUGUCAGCACCGAGCUGCUGGUGCCCGCGCCCGAAGUUGUUGCUGAUAUUGCACAUCGCUGCAACCUGCGCAAGGACGCCGCCAAGAAGGCCCAGGAUGCUAGCGCCCACCUCUAUCUUGUCCACUACCUCAUGCGCCGCGCCACUUACUCUGCCAUUCCGACCACUCUGACGUCUGCUGUUGUCACAAAGAUCAAGCAGGACGGCUUUGUUGUUACGCUGCCCAUGUACGGCAUUGAAACUAUCAUGUAUAUGGACCGCAUGGCCGAUAAGGAGAACCAGGUGGUGUCAACCGACGCCCGCGAUUGGAAGCUGCGUGUGUGGUCGGUUGAUCCAGCCGAAUUGACGCUUGUCUGGAACGUAUUCGCCCAGGAGCCCAUCGCUAUCUCAGCCGCUGCCUGCGAUGACGACAGCGACGUUUUAGUGUCCAGCAUGGACAGCAAGAAAGUCAAUUGUCGCUCUGCCCCCACUAAACUUACCCAGGUCACUGUGGCUAUGCUCCCUGAGGCUAUUCCUCCGAU